AUGGUGGGUGGUGUGUGGGGGGGAUUUUGGGUUAUGGGGUGGGUUUGUGAAUGUGGUUGGUGUGGUUUGGGUGGUUGGGGUGUGGUUGUUAUUGUGGGGUUGUUGUGUGUGGUUUUUGGUUUGGUGGGGUAUUGGGGAGGGUGUUGGGAGGGGUGGGUUGUUGUGGGGUGGUUGGUAUGUGAGGGUGGGGGGGUGGGUGUUGUGGAUGUGGGGGAUAGGGGUUUGGUUGAUGGGUUGUUGGGGGUUAUGGUUGUAUUGGUUUUGUUUGUUAUGGUGGGUUGUUUGGGUGUGUGUUGGGGUGGGGGGUGGGGGUGGGGUGGUUGUGGGGGGGUGGGGGGGGUGGUGUGUGUGGGGGUGGGGGUGGGUUGGUUGGGGGUUGGGGGGGGGGGGUGGUUGGGGGGUUGGUGGGGGUGGGUGGGUGGUGGGGUGGUGGUGGUUGGGGGGGUGGGGGUGUGGGUGGGGUUGGGGGGUGGUUUUGUGGUUGUGGUGUGUUUGGGGGUGUUGGGGUUGGUGGGUUGGGGGUGGUUGGUGUGGUGUGGGUUGGGGGGUGUGGGGGGUUGGUGUGGUGGGGGUGGGGGUGUUGGUUGGGGGUGGGGGGUGGGGGUGGUGGUUGGUGUGGGGGGGGUGGGGGGGGUUGGGGGGUGUUGGGGGUGGUGGGGGUGGUGGGUUGGUUGGGGUGGGGGGGUGGGUUGGGGUGGGGGUGGGGGGUUUGGGGUGGGGUGUGGGUGGGUGGGUUGGGUUGGGGGUGGGUGGGGUGUGUGGUUGGUGGGGUGGUGUGGGUGUGUGGGUGGGGGUGGGGGGUGGGUGUGGGGGGUUGGUGGGGGUGGGGUGUGGGUGUGUGGGUUGGUGUGGGGUGUGGGUGGGUGGUGGGUUGGGGGGGUGGUGGGGUGGGGUGGGGGUGGGGUGUGGUGGUUUGUGGUGGGUGGGGUGGGGGGGGGUGGGUGGUGGUGUGGGGGUGUUUGGGGGUUGGUGGGGUGGGUGGUGGGGGUGGUUGGGGGGGGUGGUUGGUGGGUGGGGGGGGUUGGGUGGGUGGUGGGUGGGUGGGGUGGGGGGGUGUGGGUUGGUGGUGUUGUGGUGUUGGGGUGGGGGUUGUGGGGUGGGGUGUUGGGGUGGGUUGGUGGGGUUGGUGGGUGGGGUGUGGUGGUGUUGGGGGGGUGGGUGGGGUUGGUUGUGUGGGGGUGGGGGGGGUGUGGGGGUGUGGUGGGGUGGGGUGGUUGUGGUGGGGGGGGGUGUGGGUGGGGGUGGGGUGUGGGUGGGGGGUGUUGGGGUUGUGGGGGGGGUGGGUGGUGGGGGUGGUGGGACAAGAUAAAUUCCCAACUCUCUUGA